AUGGUUUAUAUCUCUAAGCUCGCGUCUGCUGUGGCUGUAGCCUGCCUCACUGGCUCUACGUUCGCGCAUCCUGGGGAGCAUCAUGACCAUGCGGCUAUCAAGCGAGAAGUCAAGGUCCGCGAUCAAAUGGCCUCUGCCGCCAAGCGAUCUCUCGAUACUUGUUCAAACUCAUUGAAGCACCGUGAAGUGGCUGCUCGAUCUGUGAAGCGACGUGCAGAGGUUGCUCGCGAUAUUCGCCAAAAGCGAAACAUCCAAAGCAAGCCAAAGAAGUUCCGUCGUGAUCUGGCGACUCUUGAGGUCUACGAAGCAAUCAAUCACAACGAGACUGGCAUCCUCGACUACGAUACGACUACGGCCGAAACUACGGUUUUCUCUGCCAACACCUCUUGUAUUCUCACCCCAGAGAAUACCGAUGGCCCAUACUACGUAACUGGCGAGUUGAUUCGCAAGAAUGUCACCGAGGGUCAAGCAGGUAUUCCUCUAUACCUAGAAGUCCAAUACCUCGACAUCACUACAUGCCUCCCAGUCCCAGAGAUCUACGUUGACAUCUGGAAUUGCAAUUCAACGGGCUACUACUCUGGCAUAGUUGCAACUGGCAAUGAUGUAGGAUGGGAUACCACCUUCUUGCGUGGUAUUCAAGCCACCGACUCCGACGGCGUUGCGUCUUUCGAGACCAUCUUCCCUGGUCACUACGCCGGACGUGCUAUCCACACCCAUCUCCUGUCACAUACCAAUGUAACCGUUCUCGCCAACGGCACCAUCUCAGGAGGAGGAGUCAGCCACAUCGGCCAGCUAUUCUGGAACGAAGAAUUGAGAUCAGCCGCUGAAGCGGUCUACCCAUACAACACCAACACGCAAGCUAUCACAUCUAACGCAGAGGAUAUGUGGUCGAUCGUGCAGGCAGAGAACGACUAUGAUCCAUUCCCAGAGUUCAUCUACCUUGGCGACAGCAUCGAGGAUGGUCUUUUGGCUUGGAUUCAGAUCGGUAUCAAUGUCACUGCUGACCAGAGUGAUUCGUCCUAUUACAAUGUUGCAGCUCAUUAUGAGGCUGAUGGUGGUCAUGCUACGACCAGCACUUCUACUGGAGGAGGGGGAGGCGACUUCAAUGGGACCGCGCCAGACAAUUCUACAAGCAGCACUGCUGUCUAA